AUCCCUCCGCAUGGAUGUGCCAUCCUACAUAACCGUCGGCGGCUGGUUCAUCCAAGUGAUCUUCGACAAGUUCCUCUCCUCUAAGCUCCAAACAUGGGCGGCCAACUCCGGCAUAGGCAACGACCUCGACAAGCUGCGAGUUGCGAUGCUCAGGAUUCGAUCGGUACUCAGCAGCGCAGAGAAAACCCAAUCCGACGGCUUGGUCGGGUGGAUGAAGGAGCUCAGAGACGUCGCUUAUGAUGCCGAAGACCUUCUCGACGAGUUAGAAUAUCGCCGCCUUCAACAGCAACUGGACGGUGAAAGCAGCAGUCCGGUGAGUGCUUUCCUCAUCUCCAACUUGGAGGCUGCUAGGGAUGUGGCCACCCGAGCGGGUGGCCUCCUUUCUUCAAGUUUCUUUAGCUUCAAAGGCGGCGGCAGCGCCUCCAACGAGGAGGCAGCUGCUGCUUCCUCGGCUCCCAGAACAUGUAGCAAUUCGAGGCCCCCGGGCACUCCUGAACUGGCAUGGGAUAGGAUCACUAAAGCUAGAAUAAGAAGCGUAAUCGAAAGGUUGGAUCACGUGAGUUGUUGUGUGAGCGAGACCAUCACACUCUUUAAAUUGGAUCGCUGCAGUAGCGGCCCGAAGCAAAGCACCAGAAAAGGCGCAACCAGCUCACUGAUCAGUACCAAGGUGUUCGGACGAGAGGACGAAGUCAGAAAUCUAAUUGACCUGCUGCUGCUGCUGAGAUCCAACGAUGAACCAGUCUCGAUUCUCCCCGUAGUCGGCAUUGGAGGGGUUGGAAAAACUACUCUCGCACAACUUGUCUAUAAUGAUCCUAAAAUCGUACAACAUUUUGAGCUGAGGAUGUGGGUCUGCGUCUCUGAUAGCUUCGAUGAUACCGAGCUCACGAGAGAGAUCCUAGAAUGUGCAUCAUCCGGUGAUAAUCUUCAGCACCCAAGUGUCACCAACUUUAAUCGGCUUCAAACAGCGAUCAAGGAGCAGGUAGCGUGGAAGAGGUUUCUGCUCGUCCUGGAUGAUGUGUGGAAUGACGAGAGGAAUAAUAGGCUGUCUGAGAUGGAAAGAUGGGAUAAGCUUUUAGCUCCUCUGAAAGCAGGAAAAAGUGGCAGCAAGAUCUUGGUGACAACACGAUCGGGAACGGUGUCUGAGACAUUAGGUACGAUGCACUCGAUCGAUUUGAAGGGUCUGAGAGAUCAAGACUGCUGGUCCUUGAUCAAGGAACACGCGUUUCGUGAUGCAAAUCACGAAGAACAACUCAAAUUGGAGAGGAUUGGAAGCGAAGUCGCUCAACAACCCAAGGGGUUGCCUCUAGCAGCAAAGGCAAUCGCAGGGUUACUAAAGAACAAGAUGGAUGCCGAAGAAUGGAACUCAGUUUUGGUGAGAAAUGACAUCUGGGAUCAUAUCAUACCAAUCCUAAAACCGAGUUACUCUAACCUACCUGCUCACUUGCAGCGGUGCUUCGCGUAUUGCAGCAUAUUCCCCAAAGGUUGGAAGUUCGAGUCUGAUGACUUGAUUCACCUUUGGAUGGCACAAGGGUACAUCCAACCCCGAAACAAGAAUGUGAGGAUGGAGGAUGCAGGACAAGACUACAUGAAUGACUUGAUGCGCAGAUCAUUCUUCCAAGUGCAGAAUAAGGAAUUCGUCACGCUCUAUGGCAUACAUGACCCACUGCACGAUCUGGCACAGUCUGUUUCCGGAGAUGAAUGCAUCAGAGUCGAAGACGAUGAACCCACCAACAUUCCACCAUCCGUGCGUCACCUAUCCAUCAAGGCCGAAAAGCUUGUCAUGGUUAAAGAUGUGUACCACCACCACCUUCAUAACCUGCGCACUCUAAUUUCCUUCAGCGGAGUCCUCCGGUCGGGCCUCGAUGAUGGCCUUCUUGUAGAUGUCCUCAGGGAUUUGAAACACAUACGGGUAUUGGAUCUGUCUCACUGCAAGAUGGAUAAUCUGCCAGAAGUAAUAUGCCAGUGUAUACAUUUGCGCUUCCUGAAUCUUUCGUCAACUUCGAUUCAGUGUUUGCCGGAAUCUCUGUGCAGGCUUUACCAUCUACAAGUGCUGAACCUGAACGGGUGCAGGCUUCGUAGUUUACCCCGGGGCAUGAAGAACCUGGUAAGUUUGCGGCAUCUUACUGCGGCUGAUCAAUUAAUUUCCGACAUAGCAGAGAUCGGGAGACUGACCUGCCUUCAGAGAUUACAUGUUUUCAAAGUUAGAACAGAAGCUGGGUAUACGAUAAGAGAGUUGAGGGACCUGAACGAGCUUCGAGGAUCCCUUUACGUGAGGAAUCUAGAGAACGUGGAGAGUAAGAACAAGGCAAGUGAGGCCAUGUUAAGCGGCAAAGAGCAUCUUAGUGUUCUGCAGUUACAAUGGCAAUCCGGUGAAAGGAAUCAGGUGGUGGAUGAUGAUGAUGAAGUUCUUGAAGGCCUUCGGCCACAUCCAAAUCUCAAGAGGCUAGAGAUCAUGGGCUGUAGAGGUGCCACAUAUCCCAGCUGGUUAAAGACCCAAUGGCUCACCGAUCUCAACAUCAUCUAUCUAAGUGGUUGCAGGCGCUGGGAAUCCCUCCCCCCUCUCGCUCAGCUGCCUUCGCUGAAGGUACUCUGGAUACAGGGGUUGCAUGCAACGAAGAGCAUUGGCUGGGAGCUCUUGGGUCCUGGUCGCGAGGUUUUUAGACGCCUGGAGGAGCUGGUGCUCGAUGGCAUGCCCGAGCUCGAAGAGUUUUUGGGAGACGGACGAUUCUUUCCACACCUCCAGAGUGUGGUGAUCAAGGACUGCAACAAGCUCAAGAUAUUGCCUCCCUUACCUUGCAAUCUUACGGAAUUAACCGUUUUGGAUCAUGGAUUCUGGAUACCGUACUUUGAUGACACCAGGACGGCACCAGUUGGAUCAAUAGUUUCAUCACUAUGCAUCUACAAUUGCCCUGUGCUCAUUGCUGGAUUCUGUGUAUCACUGAAGGAAGAAGACAGCUUGUCAUCGCUACAAACUCUCAGCGUCGGUGACAUCUCGUUGCUCACAGGACUAACCGUUAGCAAAAACCUUGCCUGCCUUCAAAAUCUAGAAAUCCACAAUUGCCUCAAGAUCACUUCCUUGACAACCGAGCAGGAAAAGGCAUUUGAGGAUCUCACCUUCCUCCAAACUCUGUGCUUCAACGGUUGUGCCAAUCUCCGGUCCCUCCCCAUGUUACGAGGUCUUCGCUACCUGAAGAAGUUAAUCGUCUCAAACUGCCCUCAGAUGCAGUCAUUGCCGGAGAAGGGACUGCCUUCUUCGCUGAAGGUGUUGGAAAUCGCAUCAUGUCAUCCCCUGCUCAAGGGGCGCUGCGGAAAGGAAGGUGGCAGCAACUGGGAAAGUAUCAGGCACAUCCCUCGAAUCGAGAUUGAUGGAGAGGUGAUACAAGAAGAAGCCAGUGGAAAUUAACAAGGAUUCAGUCGAUUCACUGCUCUCUAUUCGGCCAUGAGAUGGAUACAACUCUGACAUGAUUCCUCCUGUAUAUUUUUCUAUAUACACAAUAUAA